GUCGCAAGGGUACUUGGGUGUUCCAGGCCGAUGGCGAGUCUGACGCCUACGGCGGCAACAAGGGCGGUGACGGGAAGAAGAACAAGAAGCGCAACACUUACGAGGCCGAGCCCGCCCCUACGAUGUCUGCAGCCCAGUUGGAUGCGGCGGCGAACACUGAGAAGACACGCCUUGCUAAAGUGGCAGAGGAAGCAGCUCGUAAGGUUCGGGUGUGCUUGCAGGAGGUCGAGCAGAAGCGGACGAAGGUCAACAAGAUGCGCGAGCAGUUGGAUGAGGCGACUGACGCGCUGUUCACGGCUACGGCGGCGCAGGAGAAGGCGGAAACCGAGCGGAAUGACGCUGACCGCAUCUUGCGCGAGUUCAACCCCGAGCAAUGGAAGGCA